AUGAGGAAGAGGUUUGUUCCAAGCUUUUACACUAAUGGUCUCUACCAAGAGUUGCAAUCUUUGAGGCAAGGAACUAGGAGUGUUGAUGAAUACUACUCCGAGAUGAUGUUGUUGAUGUCAAGGGCCGAGAUCGAUGAAGCUCCACAAGCUACUAUAGCUAGAUUAUUGGCGGGAUUGAAUAGAGAAAUUCAUGAUAUCGUGGAGAUGCAACAACACUAUGAGGUUGAGGAAUUGCUUCAACAUGCCUUGAAGGCCGAGAGCCAAAUAAAAAGGAAUAAGAAAAGUUUUACAUCAUCAUCAUCAAGCUCGUGGAAAACUCCAAUGAAGAAGGAUGACAAGUCAUCCAAGGAAAAGGAGUCUGCGCAAAAGGUUAUGACCCCUAAAACCGAUUCUAAAUCUUCAUCUAGCUCAUCUUCUAAAAGCUAUGUAAAGUGUUUCAAGUGUCAAGGAUAUGGACACUUUGCAAGAGAUUGCGUUAACAAGAAGGUCAUGCUUACUAAUGACAAUGGCGAGAUUGUAAGUGAAGAUGAAUAUAUUGCGCUUGGAUCAAGUGGUGAUGGAGAUGAUGAAGAAGAUGCGCAUGACGAUAGUGAUGAUGGUGACGGUUUUGCACUUAGAAGUUUAGUGGCUAGGAGAACUUUGAGUGCUUAUGUGAAAGAUGAUGUGAACACCAAAGGGAGAACUUGUUUCAUACUAGGAUGUACAAAGGAGAUGUAUUGUGCGAUAUCUUACCCAUGCAAGCAUGCCAUGUACUACUUGGACGACCAUGGCAAUAUAACAACAAAGUUCAACAUGAUGGAUUUUGCUAAGCUAGAUUCGGAAUUUAGGGCUAAAGAGAAGACUAAUCAUGCUAAUUUAGAUAAGAAUUGCGAUAUAGUCAAGCAUGCUAGUUCUAAAAAGGUUAAUAAGGAGUGUAUGUUAGCUACUAAGAGUGAGAUUAAAGAAGUCUUGAAUGAUAAUUCUGUUUUGAUCUUGCUUUUGCUUAAAUAUACACUUGUGAGCACUAACCACUUGGAAAGCGAGCUUCCAAACAACAUUGUUUCUCUUUUGAGUGAUUAUGUAGAUGUGUUUCCUGAGGAGAUUCCUAGUGGUUUACCACCAAUUAGGGGGAUUGAACAUCAAAUCGACUUCAUCCCUGGGGCGCAAAUUCCAAAUAAGCCAGCUUAUAGGACAAAUCCUGAUGAAACAAAGGAAUUAGAGAAGCAAGUUGGAGAUCUACUUCAAAAAGGGUUCGUGCGUGAGAGCCUUUCUCCAUGUGCCGUUCCUGUGUUGCUUGUUCCUAAGAAAGAUGGGACUUGGAGAAUGUGUGUCGAUUGUAGGGCAAUAAACAACAUCACGGUAAAGUAUCGUCACCCUAUUCCUAGAUUAGAUGAUAUGCUUGAUGAAUUGCAUGGUGCUUGCUUAUUUUCUAAGAUUGAUCUUAAGAGUGGCUAUCAUCAAAUUCGCAUGAAAGAGGGUGAUGAAUGGAAAACUGCCUUUAAAACUAAAUUAGGGUUGUAUGAAUGCCGAAACCUUGAUGAGCAUGUUAGGCAUCUAAGAUGUGUGUUAGAUGUACUUAGGGUUGAGAAAUUAUAUGCUAACCUUAAGAAGUGCACCUUUUGCACAAACAAGCUUGUUUUUCUUGGUUUUGUGGUUUCAUCGCAAGGUAUAGAGGUUGAUGAGGAAAAGAUCAAGGCAAUUAAAGAAUGGCCAACACCCACCAACGUUGGACAAGGGUUGGAAUUGGAGCUGUUUAAUGCAAGGGUGGGAACGCCCGUCGCAUACUUUAAAUUCGUGAUUCAUACGGAUCAUGAGAGCUUGAAGUAUUUAAGAGGCCAACAAAAGCUAAACAAGAGGCAUGCUAAGUGGAGUGAGUUCAUCGAGAGCUUUCCUUAUGUUGUGCGAUACAAACAAGGUAAGGAGAAUGUGGUAGCCGAUGCGUUAUCAAGGAGUUGCAUUGAUUGUUUGCAAGCUAAAUCUACAUCUAAACCGCAUGGAUUAUACACUCCUUUGCCUAUUCCUCAUGAACCAUGGACUCAUAUUAGCAUGGACUUUGUGUUAGGUUUACCUCGUUCUAGGAGAGGUAAAGAUUCUAUCUUUGUGGUUGUUGAUAGGUUUUCUAAGAUGGCUCACUUUAUUGCAUGUACUAAAACGGAUGAUGCCAUUAAUGUAGCUAAUUUGUUCUUUAAGGAAAUUGUUAGACUACAUGGAAUGCCUAGAACGAUUGUAAGUGAUAGAGAUGCUAAGUUCUUAAGUCACUUUUGGAGAACUUUAUGGGCUAAGUUAGGAACUAAGUUGUUAUUUUCUACUACUUGUCAUCCUCAAACCGAUGGUCAAACCAAGGUAGUUAAUAGGACUUUGUCUACUUUGCUUAGGGCUUUAAUUAAAAAAAACUUAAGAACUUGGGAGGAUUGUCUACCUCAUGUCGAAUUUGCAUAUAAUCAAAGCAUACAUAGCACCACUGGAUGUUCACCUUUUGAAACUGUGUAUGGCUUUAAUCCUUUAAACCCAUUGGAUUUGUUGAGUUUACCUUUGAGUGUGCAAGUCGACAUGGAUGGACAAAGGAAGGCCGAUUAUGUUAGAGAACUUCAUGCUAGGGUUCAAGCUCAAAUUGAGAAGAAGACACAACACUACAUGAAGAAUGCUAACAAAGGGCGCAAGGAAGUCAUCUUUGAACCCGGGGAUUGGGUUUGGUUGCAUCUAAGGAAGGAGAGGUUCCCUGAAAAGAGAAAGUCUAAGCUCUUACCUCGUGGAGAUGGUCCAUUCCAAGUCUUGGAGAGGAUCAACAACAACGCCUAUAAGCUGGAUCUUCCUAGUGAAUAUGGCAAUGUAAGUGCUACUUUUAAUGUUUCAGACUUAUCCUUGUUUGAUAGUGAUGCAGAUUUGAGGACAAAUCCUUUUCAAGGGAGAGGGGAUGAUGCGCCAAGGGCUUAUCAUGGCUUAGAAGGACACAUUGGAGCCAAUGAAGAUCAAGGAGAUGCCAUCGAUGCUAGCUUGAAGGAGCAUGGAGUUGGAGGCGCGAAAAGACACAUUGGAGCCAAUGAAGAUCAUGGAGAUGUCAUCGAUGCUAGCUUGGAGGAGCAUGGGGAUGGAGGCGCGAGUGACCGGCCACGCGACUUGGAGAUGCCCGCGCAACACCGGCCAUGCGACAUGGAGAUGCUCGGCCAUCACCGGCCAUGCAACAUGGCCAUGCCCGGUCACACCCGGCCACUUGACUCGGCCUUGCCUGGCCACAACCGGCCACACGAUCCUUUGUCUAUGCCGUUGGGUCCAAUCACAAGGGCUCGGGCUAAAAGGUGUUCAAGUGCAGGUCGACUUGGAGAUACAAUGGGAGAUAGACAAGAAGAGCAAAAUCAAGGAGAGAAUACAAAUGCCAUGUUGCAACAAAUCAUACGACAACUUGGCACCAUGACAACAAGAUUGGAGGCAUUGGAAACUCGAAAUCCACAAGCUCAACAAGGAGCUAAUGCCGCAAUCAACAAUGAGGAUCAUCCUCCACCACCGAGGCAAAUUGCUAGAAUCGAUCCCAUGGAGAGACUAAGGCAACAAGAACUUGGUGGACAAGCUCACAAUGAAAACAUGCGGCCUAAGAGGGGAAUUGAAAGAGAGGAGCCUAAGGACAACAUCAAAUACAAAAUCCCUAAAUUCAAUGGGAGAGGGUCUCCAUCCGAUUAUUUGGAGUGGGAGUCGAAAUUGGAUAUGUAUUUUGAUUACUAUCCUCAUGCCGAGCCAAAGAAGGUACAAAUUGCUACUCUUGAAUUCACGGAGAAUGCUUUGAAUUGGUGGAAUCAAUUGGUGCAAACAAGAAGAAGAAACUUGGAAGGGCCGAUCAACACUUGUUUAAGUCUAAAGAGUUAUAUGAGGAAGAGGUUUGUUCCAAGCUUUUACACUAAUGGUCUCUACCAAGAGUUGCAAUCUUUGAGGCAAGGAACUAGGAGUGUUGAUGAAUAUUACUCUGAGAUGAUGUUGUUAAUGUCAAGGGCCGAGAUCGAUGAAGCUCCACAAGCUACUAUAGCUAGAUUCUUGGCGGGAAUGAAUAGAGAAAUUCAUGAUAUUGUGGAGAUGCAACAACACUAUGAGGUUGAGGAAUUGCUUCAACAUGCUUUGAAGGCCGAAAGCCAAAUAAAAAGGAAUAAGAAGAGCUUUACAUCAUCAUCAUCAAGCUCAUGGAAAACUCCAAUCAAGAAGGAUGACAAGUCAUCAAAGGAAAAGGAGUCUGCGCAAAAGGUUAUGACCCUUAAAACCGAUUCUAAAUCUUCAUCUAGCUCAUCUUCUAAAAGCUAUGUAAAGUGUUUCAAGUGUCAAGGAUAUGGACACUUUGCAAGAGAUUGCGUUAACAAGAAAGCCAUGCUUACUAAUGACAAUGGCGAGAUUGUAAGUGAAGAUGAAUAUAUUGCGCUUGGAUCAAGUGGUGAUGGAGAUGAUGAAGAAGAAGAUGCGCAUGAUGAUAGUGAUGAUGGUGACGGUUUUGCACUUAGAAGUUUAGUUGCUAGGAGAACUUUGAGUGCUUAUGUGAAAGAUGAUGUGAACAACCAAAGGGAAAACUUGUUUCAUACUAGGAUGUAUGCGAAUGGGAAGCCUAGUAGUGUGAUUAUUGAUGGUGGGAGUUGUACAAACAUGGCUAGUGUUUAUUUGGUGAAGGAGAUGCAAUUACCCACUACAAAACACCCUAAACCUUAUAGUUUGGGUUGGAUCAACGAUAAGGAGGAAAUUAGGGUUAACAAACAAGUUUUAGUUUCUCUUUGUUUGGGCAGGUACAAAGGAGACGUAUUGUGCGAUAUCUUACCCAUGCAAGCAUGCCAUGUACUACUUGGACGACCAUGGCAAUAUGACAACAAAGUUCAACAUGAUGGUGAGACGAACCAAUAUACUCUCAUGUGUGGUAAGAAGCCCUUUAAUUUUAUUCCGUUAUCACCUCAAGAGGCUUUAAAAGAUCAACUGAAAUCGAAAGGGGAAUUUGCUAAGCUAGAUUCGGAAUUUAGGGCUAAAGAGAAGACUAAUCAUGCUAAUUUAGAUAAGAAUUGCGAUAUAGUCAAGCAUGCUAGUUCUAAAAAGGUUAGUAAGGAGUAUGUGUUUCUUGAGGAUAUUCCUAGUGGUUUACCACCAAUUAGGGGAAUUGAGCAUCAAAUUGACUUCGUCCCUGGAGCGCAAAUACCUAAUAAACCAGCUUAUAGAACAAACCUUGAAGAAACAAAGGAAUUGGAGAAGCAAGUUGGUGAGCUACUUCAAAAAGGUUUUGUGCGUGAAAGCCUUUCUCCAUGUGCCGUUCCUGUGUUGCUUGUUCCUAAGAAAGAUGGGACUUGGAGAAUGUGUGUUGAUUGUAGGGCAAUAAACAACAUCACGGUAAAGUAUCGUCACCCUAUUUCUAGAUUAGAUGAUAUGCUUGAUGAAUUGCAUGGUGCUUGCUUAUUUUCUAAAAUUGAUCUUAAGAGUGGCUAUCAUCAAAUUCGCAUGAAAGAGGGUGAUGAAUGGAAAACUGCCUUUAAAACUAAAUUAGGGUUGUAUGAAUGCCGAAACCUAGAUGAGCAUGUUAGGCAUCUAAGAUGUAUAGAGGUUGAUGAGGAAAAGAUCAAGGCAAUCAAAGAUUGGCCAACACCAACCAACGUUGGACAAGUGAGAUCUUUUCAUGGACUAGCCGGAUUCUAUAGGAGGUUUGUUAAGGAUUUUAGCACCUUAGCCGCCCCUAUUACAAGUGUUAUGAAGAAGAAUGCACCAUUCAAGUGGGGAGAUGAACAACAAGAAGCAUUUGAGACGUUGAAGGAUAAACUAACUAAUGCUCCUUUGCUUGUUUUACCUAACUUUAACAAUACUUUUGAGAUUGAAUGUGAUGCAUCAGGGGUUGGAAUUGGAGCUGUUUUAAUGCAAGGUGGGAAGCCCGUCGCAUACUUUAGUGAGAAAUUGAAUGGGCCUGCAUUGAACUAUCCAACCUAUGAUAAAGAGUUGUAUGCUCUUGUGAGGGCGUUGCAAACUUGGCAACACUGCCUUUGGCCUAAGGAAUUCGUGAUUCAUACGGAUCAUGAGAGCUUGAAGAAUUUAAGAGGCCAACAAAAGCUAAACAAGAGGCAUGCUAAGUGGAGUGAGUUCAUCGAGAGCUUUCCUUAUGUUGUGCGAUACAAACAAGGUAAGGAGAAUGUGGUAGCCGAUGCGUUAUCAAGGAGGGCUUUAAUUAAAAAGAACUUAAGAACUUGGGAGGAUUGUCUACCUCAUGUCGAAUUUGCAUAUAAUAGAAGCAUACAUAGCACCACUGGAUGUUCACUUUUUGAAACUGUGUAUGGCUUUAAUCCUUUAACCCCAAUGGAUUUGUUGAGUUUACCUUUGAGUGUGCAAGUCGACAUGGAUGGACAAAGGAAGGCCGAUUAUGUUAGAGAACUUCAUGCUAGGGUUCGUGCUCAAAUUGAGAAAAAGACACAACACUACAUGAAGAAUGCUAACAAAGGGCGCAAGGAAGUCAUCUUUGAACCCGGGGAUUGGGUUUGGUUGCAUCUAAGGAAGGAGAGUGAUGCAGAUUUGAGGACAAAUCCUUUUCAAGGGAGAGGGGAUGAUGCGCCAAGGGCUUAUCAUGGCUUAGAAGGACACAUUGGAGCCAAUGAAGAUCAUGGAGAUGUCAUCGAUGCUAGCUUGGAGGAGCAUGGGGAUGGAGGCGCGAGUGACCGGCCACGCGACUUGGAGAUGCCCGCGCAACACCGGCCAUGCGACAUGGAGAUGCCCGGCCAUCACCGGCCACGCGACAUGGCCAUGUCCGGUCACACCCGGCCAUUUGACUCGGCCUUGCCCGGCCACAAUCGGCCACACGAUCCUUUGUCUAUGCUGUUGGGUCCAAUCACAAGGGCUCGGGCUAAAAGGUUUAAGGAAGCUUUGGACAUGUAUCCAGAAUCAUUAAACUUGGAUCAUCAUGAGAUUGAGCAUGAGAUUGAAAGUUCAACAGCCAUCGAGGGUAACAGUGGGAGUGGGACUAAAGUUAGGAAGCAAUAUAGCAAGGUUUGGAAAGACUUUGAUGUGAUCGAGCGUCAGGGGAAAUCUCCAAGUGAAAAGAUAAGAGCCAUACGUAAGGACUAUGGUAAAGAUUAUGAUGGGCAGGCCAGAUCAGGUACUUCUAAUCUUAAACGCCAUUUAGAGACUUGUCCUAAGAAUCCUAAUAGGAUAGAAGAAGGUACUGCAAAACUUGAUCAGAAAAUUUUUCGUGAAUCAGUGGCUUUGGAGAUCAUAGAACAUGGUCUUCCAUUCUCAUAUGCUGAAUAUGAAGAGUCUAAGAGAUCAAAUAGAAUUCUUAAUCCUAAUGUUAAAUUUUUUAGUAGGAACACGUUUAAAGCUGAAGUGUUAAAGGUUCAUAACAAGCUAAAGGAGGAUCUUAAAACUACUUUGCACAAGGUUCCUAGUAGGAUUUGUUUAACAAGUGACAUGUGGACAUCAUGCCAAAAUAGAGGGUAUCUUAGUCUUACUGCUCACUAUGUUGAUGAGAAUUGGAAGUUGUGUAGUAAAGUUUUGAACUUUUGUCAUGCUCCACCUCCUCAGAGAGCAAAUAAUUUGCAUGGUACUAUCCAUGAUGGUUUGAAAGUUCUUGGUGAUGCUUUGGAGAAGGUAAGGGAGAGUGUAAAGUAUGUUGAAGAUUAUCCCACUGCGAACUUGUACUUUGAAAAUGUGUACAAGGUUCGUGGUAAUCUCUUGAAAGAAAUUGAAAAUCCCGAUAGUUGUUUGAGAGAAGUGGCUAAAGCAAUGAAAGAAAAUUUUGAUAAGUAUUGGAACCAGCAUUGUGUUGUGUUGGCUUUUGCAGUCAUACUUGAUCCACGUUUCAACUAUGACUCCGAUGAGUCUACUUCAUCAAACAAGUCACAAUUGGAGCUCUAUUUGGGAGAACCUAGAGUUCAAAUUACUUUAAUGCCAUAUGAUGUUCUUGCUUAUUGGAAAGAUAAUUAUACUCGAUAUCCCGAGUUUGCGACAAUGGCAAGAGAUAUAAUGACCAUACCAAUAACAACUAUUGCAUCGGAAUCGACAUUUAGCAUGGGCAGGAGAGUUGUGAACCAAUGGAGAAGUUCUCUUACAUGCAAAAAAGCUAAAGCUUUGAUCACUACUCGCAAUUGGCUACAUGGAUGUACGAUCGGGUCAGCUUUUGCCAACUCUACUGAUUUUCUAAGGCUGCGCAGAAUCCAAGUCCAAAUCAAGUGGGUUGUUUCUGAUGCGCCCAAGGCUUAUCAUAGACUUGAAGAUGACAAUGGAGAGCAUGGAAAAGAUGUGCAAGGGCUGCAAGGAAGCAUGGAGAUGCAUGAAGAUCAUGGAGAUAUCGAUAAGCAUGUUCCAAGCACCAAGAAGAUGCCUAUUGGUCCGAUGACUAGAGCAAGAGCUAAGAGGUUCAAGGAUGCACUCAUGGGCCUUUUUCGAACUCAUCUAGAAGAUAUGAAGCAAAUUGGGAUUACAUACAUCGACAUAAGGCCUAUUGAAACUAAAAGGAGUGGUAAAAGGAAGAAUUGUGUGAGAUCAUCAAGGGUGAUUAGAGGGCCGCCAAAGCAUAGGUUGAGCGCAAAUACGAGAGCACAUUGUGGUAAUCACACACACACUCAUUGUGAGGAAUUUUCUUUAUCUUUACUAACCUUUUGUGUAGGUACAAUGAAAGAUAAGGGGGAUGGAGAAAAUCAGGAAGUAAACAUGACUACCAUGUUGCAAAAUCUAGUGCAAAGAAUGGACACAAUGUCUACUCAACUUAAUCAAAGGACGGAUACCUUAGAAGCUCAAAAUCAACAAAGAGCUAAUCUUGCUCAAUUACCACCACCAAGGAGAGGUGAAUUGGGAGAUGAUGCUAGGCAGCCGCAAGCUCAAAGGCAAGUUGUUAGGGGAGGUCCAUUAGAUCGAUUAAGGGAGCAAGAAGCUAGAGGACAAGCUUAUUUAGACAACUUGCGGCCUAGAAGAGGUGGUGAUAGAGAUGAGCUUAAAGACAACAUCAAGUACAAGAAUCCUAAGUUCAAUGGAAGGGGAGUUCCUGAAUAUUACUUGGAUUGGGAGUCAAAGUUGGAUAUGUACUUCGACUAUCAUCCUUAUGCCGAAUCUAAGAAGGUACGAAUUGCUAUUCUUGAAUUUGUUGAGAAUGCACUUAAUUGGUGGAAUCAAUUGGUUCAAUCUAGAAGGAGAAAUAGGGAGAGGGCUAAAGUUGAAGAAGUUCGACAAGCUACUAUGGCUAGGUUUCUUGCGGGUUUCGAUAGGGAGAUUCAUGAUAUAGUUGAGAUGCAACAACAUUAUGAUUUAGAGGAGAUGUUGCAACAUGCAUUGAAGGCCGAGGUGAUGCACCCAAAAGUAACUCACCACUCACUAUUAUGA